GUUCGUCUCCCGGGCUCGAAAGGAGAUCAACCCGGCGCUAAUCCGGGCCUUCUACUCCAACCUCCGGCGUGAGGACGACGUGCUCUACUCGCUUGUCAAGAGCACGCCGAUUGAGCUCAUCGUGGAGCAGCUUGGGCGCAUCGCCGGCCUCCCCUUCCAAGGCGACGAUGUGUCUCACUAUAUAUGGCGGAGAGGACUGGGUGCUCAACAAUGAGGGCCUUAUCCUCAACGAGCUUGGCAUCACCGAGCUCAUUCGCCAUGCCUCGGGCCGCCCCACCAUCCACUCCGCUAACCCUGAAGGCCGCCUCGUCCUCUACAUCGUCUCCCGGAUCAUCAAACCCAGGAAGCACGGCCACACCAUCAUGCACGGUGAAGACCUCAAGCUCAUCCAUGCGAUCAUGCAUUCGGCCCCAAUCAAUUGGGCAAAGUUUGUCAUGAUCAACAUGACGAUUGCCGCGUCCACCGACCACGAUCACCUCCUCCCGUACCCAUUUUUGGUGAUGGACAUCCUUGAACGGUUCAAGGCCCGGGCCAAUCUUGCCUCCAUCGCCGACUCCCUCAACCGGCUCCACCUCAAAGUUGACGGGAUGGGAGGCUACCUUGAACGGCUAGACGUAGUUGUUCAACGCCAAGGGUACGCCAUGAACGCGUACUUCCAAGGCAUCAACUACGUCCCCCCACCGUACCACGGCACGUUCCUUGGGCAAGUGUACGGUGACGAAGACGAAGCCGAUGACUCCUACACCCCGUCAAGCUCCCCGGAUGAAGACGAGUUCGACGAUGCCAUCGAUGGGGAUGAGAUGGACGUCGACGACGACGAGGAGGAAACCGAAGACGAAGACUAGGACUCCCCUAGAAUUUCUAUGUCUUUUACUUUAAUUAUCUUGUUUUUUUUUUGCUUCUGUCGUACUCCGCUAUUUCGUUUAAUAAAUAAAAUUAUCUUUUAUCUUUUUGUUAAUGUCAAAAGGGGGAAGAAAAGGGCUAUGCAUAU